AUUCAUGGGAGCCUCCGAGACAUGCGGCUUGAAAUCCUCACCUUGUUUGUAGACAUUAUAAUAUUAUAGUUGUAUCGGCUUUUGAUUUACUUUACUAGACAUUAUCAUAUUAUAGUUCAUUACAACAACUUGCUUUUGUGUGUAUAUAUAUAUAUACAUAUAUAUGUUGACUGCAUUAUACAUGGUUCCCAUGUUUCCAGAUGUAGCAGAAAAGGGCACUCGUCAUUUCAUGGAGUUAAUUAGAAGGUUAUUAUAUCAUUUGUCUAUCGUAUUUCAUACUUAAUGGCUUCAUAAUCUUUGAUGUGAAAGCUCCGUAAUUCUUUUUGUUAAUCUCUCUCUUUUCUUAAAGUUCUAUUAUAUUGUUCCUCUCUCUCUCUCUCUCUCUUGUUUGCAUUAAUUUUUGGUUUUUCCAUAGAGAGCCUUUUCCUUAUUCUAUGCAAACGUUAGUGGUAGCUUUCACAACCUAACCAACUGCCAAAAGUUUCUUUAAAUUCUAGCGCAAGCUCAUGUGGGGGUGAUGAGGUUUAGCUGGCCUUUACAUUUCCGACAUACCAAAAUGGAACAUGAUGACAAACCAACAAUACAUUGAUAGCAAAGAUCGUCGUUUUAUUAUGUGAUUUGCUCUUUCUGCAAAGUCAAGAAACACUACUCCAAGGUAUGCCAUUACUUUUCCUGUUGAUGUCCAGGCAAGGAUGAUCAACCAAGGACAUGAAUCUGCAGAUUACUGCGUCAACGAGUUUGAUUACCAGGAAGAUUUCACUCGGUUCUUGGAAGAAGCCAGGAAUAAUGCUUUCAAGGGGAUCUCAAACACUGCCUGCCUCGGACCAGCGCGAGAAGAACAGUUUGAUGGGGAAAAAAAGAACAGGAAAUCAUGGAAAAAAUCAUUAUUUUCCUGGUUGAAACCUGACAAGAAAAGUAAGUCCACUAAGGAAGCAACGAACAGCACCAAGAUUUGUAAGGCCAGGCGUGGUUAUGUGUCGGGUCCAGUUGAGCCGACUGGUUGUGGCAGUGGCGGUGGCAUUGCUACUGGCAGAGCGAAGAGGGCAGCAUCAGGCCCACUAACUGGUCUUUUCAGUUCAACAAGGAGAGUGGAGGAAUAUGAGGUGCCGUAUAUGUGUCUUGGCCAGCUUAAUAACACCCAGAAGCUUCAGUCUUAUGGACCUGUUUACUUGGUCACAUAGCUAGAGAUCAAGAAAAUUAGAUGUUUAAUGUCUUGUUUGCAUAUUUUAGGCUGCUACCAGAUCACGGGAAGAUAGAAUGUAUAAGGAUUUUGAUGUUUCGGGGAAGUUUAUCGUAGUAUUUCCACAUGAGACAAGAAUUCUUGAAAAUCUGAUAUGCUGGGGAUUCUGUG